AUGGCCUCUUCCAUUGAAGCCGGAGGCACGUGGACAACCGUUGAAGAUAUUUUGUUGUCUGUGUGUUGGGUCAAAGUUGGUCAUUGCCUGAUCACGGGCAAUGAGAUGAACUUCUCUCAUAUGUGGAGAAAAAUUCAUGAAGAAUUUUGUGGAAGAUCAAGUUCGACUUGGACGAAAAUGGCCUUGGCUACUAGGUGA